UCGGGAAUAAAAUUUAUAGUCAUCCUAGAAACUACGUCAUGGCAACGAUUUAAUAUUUAAAAAAUUGUUUGCGAUAUACAUUCCGUCAAAAUUGAUCAUUUUUUUAGAAAUGAUAUUUUUUUUACAUAUUUUUAAUUUUUAAUUCCUUUUAAUAAAUUUUUGUGUAACAGAAAACAUGAAGACAGGUCACAAUCGUCCCCGUUUAUUUAACGAAGUGAUUGAAGCUAUUGCUUCUCUAAAAGAAUCACAUGGUUCUACGAAGGAUAAGAUCAUGGAUCAAGUGGAAAACAUCCUAAGUAGAAGAAUCACCCGUUUGAAGAAUGAUAAAACACAGAUACAUAGAGCUUUGAAACACGGCCUAACAACUGGCCUAAUCAAAGCUAAAAAUGGCAAGUACGUUCUUGGUAUGAACAAAAAAGAUUACGGAGCUUUUAAAAAAUUAAAAAUGCUUGGAUCCAUGGGAGAUAUGCUUAUGCAGUCCAGAAGAAGAGGAGGUAGACGCAGAAGGAGAAGGAGCCGAUCUAGGCGCUCCAGAAAAGGUAGGAGAGGUAGACGAGGCAGAAGGCGAGGGGGUAAAACUAGGAAACGAUCAGAUUUGAGCGAAUCUGAAGAUGGCAGUGAAUUUGACGACGAAGACGAUAUUGAUGAUGAUUCUAGCGUUGAGAGUAUUAAAUCCGGAGAAGGAAGCGGCUCACUAGAAGAUCGAGCAAGAAGACGCCGACGUCGUAGAAGGAGAGGAAGAGGUGGUAGAAAAGGUGGAAAGAGAGGAAAAAGGAGGAGAAGGAGAGGAAGAAGGGGAAUAAGAAAAAGUAGUACAGGCGGUAUUGUAGAUAUACACCAUCACGCUACAAGUGAAAACAAGUUUGAGGUUUCUUCCAAGAGUUCUGACGAGGAAUUUAAAAUCAAGAGGGAUUCAGACACUUCCCCGCACGAACAUAAUCCAGAUAUGAUCCAGAUCAACAAUGAUGAUGAACCAAUGGAUGGUGGCCAUCUCAAGUGUGAAAAAGAAAAUUGUUUAUGUAACUCCCACAACGAUCAUUAGAAAAUUGUCCUGUGUAUAUGUGCUGUGUAAUAAAGAUUUGCAAGUGCUG